AUGAAACCCAGAGAUACUCUGGAAGGUGAUUUGAAAAAAUCCUGUCAAAACUCACAAAAAUGGACAACCAUACAGAGACGCCAGGAUGGCUCGGUACAUUUCAAUCGUUCGUGGAAUGAGUAUGAUAAUGGUUUUGGUAAUCCCGAUGGCAACUACUUUAUGGGUCUUCAGCGUAUCUAUGAACUGACCAAUUUCGGCGUGACACGUUAUGCCAAAUAUGAAAGUUUUCGUAUUGGCAGUGAGGAGGAGAAAUAUGCCCUGCUGGAUGUAGGUGGUUAUAGUGGUGAUGCUGGCAAUAAUUUCGAAAUACACAAAGGACACGCGUUUAGCACCUAUGAUAGGGAUAAUGAUAAUAGUCCGGAUAGAAAUAAUGCCGUCAUUUUUUAG